AUGAACACCAGCAGCCCCUUAUUCGUGGCCCAAGAGGCCGUGUGCUUCUACCCAAUCAGCACUAUCUAUGAUUCAUGUCCGCGGUAUCUAUUCUACGCCCUUCUCGCGGUCUCGAUCGUCACGCGAUGGACUGGAUGGCUUAGCGAUGUAUUUUUGGGAGCCGCGGCGACAUACGCAGGAACUGCCUCUAUCCAAGCAUUCAUUCUGGUGUCGACCCCGCAAAGGUUUCAAGAGCUUUCCGACGUGGCAAUUCCAUAUGUCGCACAAAACACGACGCUUGAAAACAGCUUUCCUCAGCUAGUGACUGACACGAACAUUUUGUCGAUAUCCCCGGGCGCAAUUGAGCUUGAUGGCGAUGCGGUUCUUGCUAUCGUUGUUACGGGCUACCUCGUCUUCUUGCCUCUGAUGUGUUGGUCACGAUAUUUUUCAGGCCAUGAAAGAGCCCGCACUCUCCUGUUUUGCCUAUGGAAUCUUCUCAUGCUGGCGGGUGGCAUUUGCGCACUGGUGUAUUCGAAACAAAAGUCCAAAACUCCCACCCAAUACAUGUUUUGCUAUCCCGAUCUUCCGCCAUUCGAUGAAACCUCUAGCGAUGGUUGGCAGGCAUCCUGGCGAACUUCAUCUUGGAAUGAGAGCGUAUGGGAAACCUUCUCGAACAUAUCUCGAUGGAAUGAGCUCGGAGACCUCUGCUUCAAUCCCUGUUUCAACUCGAGUCAGAUUUUGCGGCAACCUACCAGUUUGCAGUCUUGGGUCGCGACUAGAGAUUCAGAGCUCGACCAUCCGGCCAAAUUUAUUAACAGGGUCAUCUAUUCAAAACGAUACAUCUACAGCUUAGUCGGCCUAUCCGUUAUCCUCAACUUUGUUCAUCUCUUGUUCAAAUUCCUACCAUAUCGCUCGAAUAUCCCGUCUGCUCAGAUUAUUGUCAUCUGGCGCGAACGCAAGACAAUAUGGAGCAGUUUCAAGGGCGACAUUCGAGAUGCACUGUCAAAAUCAAGGAGUGAACUGUCCCUUGAGAAAGGAAUGGAGGCCUCAGCUGUGAAAGCACCUUCAAUCUGGACGAAAGUAAGGCCGACCUUAACUAUUCGCGUCAUGAAAGCUUCAUCCCGCGUCCUCUUUGACGGUCUGAUUCUCUUCGGGUUGGUGUUCAGCAUGAUAAUCAGUCCCCUUACGACCGUUGCCUUCAUUGUCUGGAUAGAGUGGUGGAUUAGUAACGAUGGACCGCAAGGGUCAAACCAAGAAUCGGCGCAGCAGGUUGGGCAGUGGUCGUACCUGGUCGGCAUCGCCUUGCUCAUGAUCUCGGCCGGAAUACUGGCCUUGAAAUAUCGAAUUGCAUCGGCCAGUGAGCUAGAGGAAGAGAUAAGCAAUAGCAGAAAACAUUUGGCUAAGUUGGAAAGGAUGAGAGAGGCACGAUCCAUGGUGGAGAUCGCGCCAUUGGCACAGGAUGAAGCUCAUCACUGA